GAAAUGGGCGAUCCAAAUGAGCAUCGCCACCCACAGCGUUUCAGCCCUAGAGCGCUAAGGCCCCUUGGUUCGUGUUUCUUGGUGCAUUGGCAGCCGAUUUGAUUGGCUUUCUCAAUGUCAGCUCAUGCCUAGUGUAGUGUAGCCGUGGUCUGACAGCUUUGGUUACCUAGUUAGCAUGGUAAGCUACAGGGUAUGUAUAAAUGAGCAAGACGCGCCAGUUGGGCAACAGCAUUCUUGUUCCAAUUGACCUCUGUCAACUCAACUCCCAAUUUUGCUCCACAAGGCCAUAUUUGUUAUUAUUCUUUUGCCAACGAAUCCUCUACAAUGGCGGACCCAUCGGCUCAGCAGACGCACCAGCAAUACUACCAGCAGCAGCAGCCUCAGCAGCCGCAGGCUCAAGUGUAUGACCCACAACAAUACCAGCAGCAACAGCUGGCGCAGCAGCAACAACUACAACAUCAUCAACAGCAACAACCAGUGCUGGCCCAGCAGCAACAACACCCCCAGCAGGUUCAGCAAUACCACCAGCAGCAGCAGCCUCAGCCCCAGUAUGCCCAGGGCCAGAAUGCCGCUACCCAGGAGUGGCAGAACAGUCUGAUGGACUGCGGUCCCUGCGAGACUUGUCUCUUGGGCACCUGCCUGCCAUGCAUCCUCCUCGGCAAGACCUCGGAGCGCAUGAGAGACCCGACGAUGCAGUCCUACGAGACCUUCAACAACGACUGCAUCAUUAUGUGUGCCAUCACCUACUUUGGCUGCGGCUGGAUCUACGCCAUGCUCAAGCGGUCCGAGAUCCGCGAGCGCUACGGCAUCAAGGGCGACGGCACCGGCGACUGCUGCGCCGCCUACUGGUGCGCAUGCUGCGCGCUCAUCCAGCACGACAAGGAGGUCAUCGCGCGCACCAGCCCGGCCGCCCCCGUCGCCCAAGGCUACCAGCCGAACAAGGAGGGCAUGGUUGUUCCUGCCCCGCACCAGCAGCAACAGCAACAGCAACAGCAGCCGCAGCAGCUCCAGCAGCAGCAGCACCAGCACCCGCAGCACCAGCAACAGUCGCCGCUGCCGUAGAAAGCAGGGGGGGCCGUUGGGAUAUGCCUGUCGUUGAAGCCGAAAACGACGUCGUUGGAUACAGUGCUCGGACCGAGAACCUUUUCCUUCUCUCUUUUCUUUGAAAGUUCCUGCCGCAAGUCCUGCGAUCGGACGCAGCCCCUGGGCAGUAUGGG